UUUUAUGAAUGAUAGUAAAUUAGUAAUCAUUAAGUAAAUUUCACAAGAACAAGUUUAGAUCAAAUGAUACAUUUGUGUGACACCAUUCCAUUUUUCAUUUCUAAAAUUAGUUAACUUAUAUGUCAGAAUGUUGAGUCACUGCUUAUAUAAGUCCUUUAUCAUCAGUUUCAAUAACCUGUUACGUUUUUAUGGGCUUAAUGUUUACAAUGAACUUCAAAUCCAAAUAAGGAACUAUCUGUGUGAACUGGGACCUUAUAGGACAAUUAUCAGCUUAAACGUCUUAUAAAGCCUUUUCCAUGACCUGUUUUCACUCAGAGCCGUCUCUAGUUUUCACUCUGUGUCGUCUCUAGUUUUCACUCUAGAGGAAUAAAAUGGCCCAACAGAGUCCUUUACUUUCUGUUCAUCCUUCAAGUUGUUUGGUUGAUGAAGAAAUUCAGGUACAAGUUGAGCACUUGCAUGCAGACUCCAAAAUCACUCUUCAUACAUUGAUUCACUCUGAUGAUGGGGACGACUGGGAGGCAUUUGGCCAUUACACCAGUGAUUCUUCUGGAACUGUUAAAGUUUCCAGGGAUAAAAGUCUUGGCGGGACUUUUGAGGGAGUUGAACCCAUGGGUCUUUUGUGGAGUAUGAGGCCAGUUCCUGAAAGUAAACCAGGUCGCAGAUUUUGGAAGAAAAAUGUAGAGACACCAGUUAAAGUGGUUAUUACUGUGCAUGAAGGACAUCUUGCUAAGGGCUUUAAGCAUCACACACCCCUCACAUCAGCUUCUGUAGAACGCUGGUAUUUGGCCGUUGGAAUCCAGAGGGUUGAUGUCACUGAAGGUGGGAUAAAGGGGACACUCUUCAUUCCAGCAGGUCCUGGACCCUUUCCUGCUGUGCUGGACCUCUGUGGAGGGCAUGGUGGUCGGGUUGAGUAUCGUUCAGCUCUUCUGGCAUCUCAUGGCUAUGUCUCUCUGGCUCUGGAAUAUCUUGGGUUCCUGAAUGCUGCAGGAAAACUUGACCAUGUGGACAACACCUACAUUGAAACUGCCUUCUCAGUGUUAAAAAAACAUCCCAAAGUUUGUUGUGACAAAGUGGCCAUGAUGGGGAUGUCAUUUGGUGUCCCUGUAACUCUGGAGAUGACUGCACACUCAGAGAUUAUACAGCCCAAGUGUGUGGUUUGUUUGAGUGGAAGUCACAUAAUACCGCACAAUGGAUCUUUGGCAGAUGUCUACGCAGCACUCCAACAGAACAUUGACAAACUCCGUUAUGAUGAAAAGAUGAGAAUAAUUUGGCGGGAUUUGUUGCUGCCGAUACCAGAUGACCUUUCUAAGAAAGUGGAGAUGGGUAAGAUCAAAUGCCCGGUUUUAUUCAUUGUUGGCGAGGAUGAUCAAAACUGCCCAUCUUCAGAGUCUGCAGCAGAUAUGAAGAAGAUGAUGGAGAAAGCUGGGAACAGUCAUCUCCUGACUCUUCUCUCAUAUCCUGGGACGGGUCAUCUCAUCGAACCUCCAUACAGUCCUCAUAGCAGAUUCACUGACUUCAAGUUGUUAGAGGCAAAGACCAAAGUGAUGGUGCUCUGGGGAGGAGAGACAGUGCCUCACAGUCGAGCUCAGGAGGACUCCUGGAACAAAACUCUGACUUUUCUAGAGGAGCAUCUCUAUGACAGCAGCAGAGAUAUGACAAGAUUCUAACCAGUUAAAGUGUUGCUAAGAUUAUUGCCUUGGAUCCAUGACUGAAAGUGGUACUAAUGUUCUUAAAGCAAAGUUUGGUUUGUCAGAUUUGUGUUUGUAAAAUAAAAUAAAAAAUUGCACUCUUGUGCAUUGACAGCAACUUUCUGAUUUUGUUGUUGGGUUCAAUAAAAAGCUACCGAAGGGAUUUGAAACCUUUAUGCCAGAAUCUAUGAAUGUGAAAAAGGCUUGAAAGCGAUUGAUAAAUAAAAACAUUUG